AUGGAGGGGAAGGAGGAAGGUCGGAUCUUCGUGGGCGGCCUGUCGUGGCAAACGGACGAGCGCAAGCUUCAGGACGCCUUUGGCCGCUUCGGCAAGGUCGUCGACGCCCAGAUCAUGCUGGAGAGACACACUAACCGCCACAGGGGCUUUGGCUUCGUGACAUUUGAAGAUCGGAGGGCAGUUGACAGCGCUAUCAAAGAGAUGCAUGGCGAAGAGUUAGAUGGUCGGACCAUCUCAGUGAACAAGGCUGAGCCUAAGAUGAAUACAGAUGACACAAGGUAUGACAGUGGUGGUGGACGAGGAGAGUAUCGUGGUGGUAGAGGUGAUGGUCCACCCCCUGGCAAUUGCUUUGAGUGUGGUCGUCCUGGUCAUUGGGUCCGUGACUGCCCUAGUGCUGCUGGUGGCCGUUCUGGUAGAUUCUCGUCCAAGUUCAGUGGUGGCAGUGGCGGUGGCAGGGGAGACCGCUUUUCUGGAUCAGACAGGUUUGGUGAUCGUUACAUGGAUGAUCGUUAUGAUGGUGGUCGUUAUGGGUACCGUGAUCAAGUUGAUGCAAGGGACAGGUAUGCUGGGGGCCGAGACCGUUAUGCCAAUGAUCGCUACCCACCUGGUGGCGAUCACUUUGGUGGAGACAGGUAUGGAGGUGGCCCGGAUCGUUACGCGCCAAGUAGUUAUGGUAGGGAGCGAGAAAGAAGCUACGAGAGAGAUGGAGUUCGUGGUGGCGGCGGCGGCGGCGGCUAUGAUAGGAGUGGCCCAAGGGGUGGUGGUGGCUAUGACAGGGAUGGCGCUAGAGGUGGCGGGGGUGGUGGCUAUGACAGGGAUGGCCCUAGAGGUGGCGGGGGUGGUGGCUAUGACAGGGAUGGUCCACGUGGUGGUGUCGCUGAUCGUUAUGGCGGCGGAGGACCUGCACGCUAUGAUGGAGGAAGUUACAGGGAUAGGCCUGGGCCAUAUGAUCGCCCUGGCAGGGGAGAGGACGUUUUGAUGAUCGCUACUGAUGAACUGCCUGUAGACUCAAGCUCCUUGUCUUGUAGUUUAAUGUUUUCAGUUUUACAUAGCUGA